GCAGAGCUGAGCUGGAGCGCCACCCAGAGCGCCGAGCGCCGAGCGCCAUGUACGACCCAGAGCGCCGCUGGAGCCUGUCGUUCGCUGGCUGCGGCUUCCUAGGCUUCUACCAUAUAGGGGCCACGCUGUGUCUGAGCGAGCGCGCCCCGCACCUCCUCCGCGAUGCGCACACGUUCUUCGGCUGCUCGGCCGGUGCACUGCACGCGGUCACCUUCGCAUGCAGUCUCCCUCUCGAUCAGAUCAUGGAGAUCCUCAUGGACCUUGUGCGGAAAGCCAGGAGCCGCAACAUCGGCUCCCUCCAUCCAUUCUUCAACAUUAACAAGUGCAUCCGAGAUGGGCUCCAGGAGACCCUCCCAGACAAUGUCCACCAGGUCAUUUCUGGCAGGGUUUACAUCUCGCUCACUAGGGUGUCCGAUGGGGAGAAUGUGCUGGUGUCUGAUUUCCAUUCCAAAGAUGAAGUGGUGGACGCCCUGGUGUGCUCCUGUUUCAUUCCUUUCUUCUCUGGCCUAAUCCCUCCUACUUUCAGAGGUGAGCGCUAUGUGGAUGGAGGAGCAAGUGACAAUGUCCCUCUGCUGGAUGCCAAGGCCACCAUCACAGUGUCCCCUUUCUAUGGCGAGCAUGACAUCUGCCCCAAAGUCAAGUCCACCAACUUCUUCCAGGUGAACGUCACCAACCUCAGUCUCCGCCUUUGUACCAGGAACCUCUACCUUCUGAGCAGAGCACUCUUCCCACCUGAUGUGAAGGUGAUGGGAGAGCUGUGCUUUCAAGGGUACCUGGACGCCUUCCGGUUCCUGGCAGAGAACGGCAUCUGUAAUGGGCCACAGCCCAGCUUGAGUCUGUCCUCAGAGGAUAUGGAGUCAGAAGCCACGCCUCUCUGCCUGGAAAACAGCAGUCUUGUAGGGGACAAGCUACCAGCUAGCCUGUGCCUUACAGCUGUGCCCUGGGAUGAGAGCAUCCGGGAGACCCUGUCCCCCAAGCUCAGCACAGUUCUGAGUGAAGCCAUUAAGGACAGGGAUGGCUACCUGAGCAAAGUCUGCAACCUCCUGCCCAUCAGGAUCAUGUCAUACAUCAUGCUGCCCUGCACUCUGCCCGUGGAGCUGGCCAUCUCGGUGGUCCACAGGUUGGUGAUAUGGCUCCCUGACAUCCCUGAUGACAUCCAAUGGCUACAGUGGGCAACAUCCCAAGUUUGCGCCCGAAUGACAACAUGUCUGCUCCCCUCUACCAGAUCCCGAACACCGAAGAGUGACCACCAAGCACCCAAGAGUGGACAUCACUUAUCGCUGCACAAACCCCAGUGUGGCUCUGCUAGCUUGUAAAUUGCUAGUCUCCCUACUUCCUAUGAACUUGGACAUUCUCUAUAUGGAUAGUCCAGGAGGGGCCAAAGCUGAGGCCACCCUGCCUUUCACCCCAAGCCUGGCUUGACUUUAGCUGCAGCAAGUGUCUGAAUGGUGGGUGGAUGGGGAUGCUAUAGUCUAUUUUGCAGUGGGAAGGGUUCUGUUACUUUUGGAGACAUCUAGGAAAUUACUGUCUAGGAGCUGAGCCUCCUGUCUGUGCAGCUGCCCCUGGGUACUGUGGUGACCUCACGCCUGUGGUUCCAGGAUCACAGGAUCUGGGCUAAAUUGGUGGUUUAUAGAAACCAAAGACAAGGAUUUCGUCUUUAGAAACUCUGUUUGGUCUGGAUGAAGUCUACUGCUUGAGAGCUAACCCAGAGAAGAGGCUCCACUGUCCCUCAGCCUGUGAAUAGUUGGGGAUGGCAAGGGCAGCAGUGUUUGGAAACAGGAAUCCAAACUGGGUGAUCUCAUAAGGAAAAUUGUUGGGGAAGUGUGAUGGGAUGGUGUGUGGCUGUCUCUGAGAAGAGCCUGCCAGUUGAGUAAGAUAACUUACUACAUUCAAGGACACUGUUGGCUCUUACUAAAAUACUUUACAGUUUAUAAACAAUGUUAUAUAAACACACCAGGGAAUGGGUAGUGAACUACAUGUAUGAUCAGCGAACCGUGAAUAGAAUUAACCUUAAAAUAAAAUCUUUUGUAUGUGGGGGAAAAAACAACAGGUAGGAAGCACAAUGGAUCUGUCUCUUCUUUCUCUCUUUUCCCGUCUACUCCACCAUCACCACCCCUCUCUGUUCUCAUCUACUCCACUGGCCUUAAUGGGAAUAAACAUCUACUUUUCUUACGUGUAUGUCUACAGCUGCAGGUGUGAUGUGUGUUUCCUGAAAUUCACACAUUAGAUUAGAACACAAAGAAAAGCCUGAAACAUGGACCUGUUCAUACGUCUGAGCAUUGACAGUGAGGUACAUGUCUCACGUGUCUGAGUCUCCUAGAGUCCUAUUGAACUCCAAGUUCACACAGCACUUCAGGAGGAAUCAUCACACCCUGGUGCUCACAAUCUCAGCAGGGUUGAUCCUGAUUGGAGAUCAUUCUGGGGGAGAGAAAACAGCUCCAGAGAUAAAACUAGGCUACACAGAAGGAAAACUGUCUUG